AUGGGCAACCCAUCAGAAGAGGUGUCCGCUCCAGCGCCGCCGCAAGACGACACCGCAGUUGCACCGGCCGCACCGGCGACAACGGCCCCAGGAUACCCACAAGACACAGCGGAAGGCGGAUCAGCAGAGUCGGAGACACGAUCUCUCAGCAGUUUCUCGGUUGGACUAAGUAUCGACACAAACGACGACGAUGCCAUUUCCAAUCUUGGAGAGAUGGAUACCUCCCGCUCGAGCAUCUCGGCAUCGUCAAGCGUCUACGAAUUUGUCGAGGAGUACGGACGAACGUAUCACAAAUACAAGGAAGGAAUGCACCAAGCACACCAAGCACACCAACCAACAUACGAAACUUACCCCAACUUCUUUCCACAGCAAGAACAGAACCGUCUCGACCUGCAGCACCACCUAGCCACCCGACUGCUCCAAGGCAAGCUCUACCUGGCGCCCAUUGGCAACGUCAACCGCGUGCUCGACAUUGGCACUGGCACCGGCAUCUGGGCCGUCGAGUUCGCCGAGCAGCACCCCGAAGCCGACGUCCUCGGCACGGACCUCAGCCCCAUCCAGCCUGAAUAUGUGCCGCCCAACCUGCGCUUCGAGGUUGACGACGUCGAAGACGACUGGGUCUACAGCCACCCGUUUGACUUUGUCCACGGCCGCUACAUCCUGCCGUCGCUCCGCAACCCGCGCGCCACCCUGCAGCGCAUUUUCGACCAUCUGCGGCCGGGCGGCCACGUCGAGAUCAUGGAGACGCUCAUGGUCAUCGAGGCCAUCGACGCGUCCCUGCAAAACACCGUGCUGCCGCGCUGGCACCAGCUGAUCCUCGACGGCGUGCGCAAGCUGGGCCGCGGCGACCCCAUGGCCCCGCUGCACACAAAACAGUGGCUCGGCGAGAUUGGCUUUGUUAAUGUCACGGAAAAGAAGUUUGCCGUGCCGGCCAACGGCUGGGCCCGCGGCGACGAGCAGAAGAUCCGCGGCCACCUGAUGAUGACGAACCUGCUGGAGGCGGCGCAGGGCAUCACGAUGAGCAUCUGCAUGAAGGUCUGGGGCUGGAGCCAGGAGGAGGUCGAGCUGUUCCUGGUCGACGUGCGGGCCGCCCUCAAAGACCGCGCCCACCACGGCUACGUCCCCAUGUAA